AUGUCUCUACAGACGGAUAACAUUCUAGGGAAUUUCGGAUUCAACUUCGAUUUUGACGCCUGCAUCAACGUUCGUAGCAGUAAGGAAGGAAAUGACAUUGACGAGCCAGUGUUGGCACAUCGACUAGUUCUUUCGUCGGCUUCGACCAGAUUUCGGAAUCUUCUCGCUGCUGACCAGCAUGAAUCUCCUAUAGCAAAAAUCGAUAUCGAUCUGAGGGAGAUUCCAAAUUCAAUCAAUGCCUUCAAAGCAAUGCUGAACGGACUAUACACAGGAGAACUGAAUUUCGCUUUGGCCGAUCAUUCUGAGAUCCUCGCCGUAGCACGUCACUGUGAAGUGCCGACAAUUGAAAGUAAACUUUUGGCAGCCAGCCAUGAACCUGCCCCAUUCGUUGCCCUUUUGCCACAACAUAAAUUCCCGACGAUAGCGUCCAAUCCACCGUGGCAAACAUACUUGCACACUCUUCUCGCCCUCUACAUGCAGCCUGGAAUACUGGCGUCAACGUUCGGAGGCGCUCUGCUGCCCUGUCACACUGCCGCCCUGCAUCCGCCAUCGACUCCUGCGGACGACAGCAGGGCAUCUGUGGAUGAGUCAUCUUCUCCGCGGACCACGCCCAUCUCGUAUAACGAAAAAAUUGUGCCGAACGACGACAAAGAAGGAUGGUGCCGUAACAAAAAAUACAUCGAAAAAGUCGACAGUGGAUUUAUGUGUACUGUAUGCCGAAAGGUGUACGGUAGAUAUAAUUCGGUCUCCUAUCACGUGACAAUCUAUCAUCGGAAUCCUCCUAUAAGGUGCGAUGAGUCUGGAUGUCAGUUUUCCACAAGAGAGGCACGGUAUAUUCACUUUCACAAAUACUACAGACAUCACAUACCACUUCCGGAAAGUAUUGAUUUAGGAUCACGGAAGUGUCCUUUCUGUCGGCAUGUGUCAAAAAGUCCCGCAAUGUUGGAGAAGCACAUCGCACGGCAUGUUCCUGAACGUAAAGAGAAACCAUCCGAAAGUUUCAAUUGCGAUCAAUGCAUGUACAGGGGCAAAACGGAAACGUUGCUCGAGCGCCACAAGCAAUUCGCACAUUCUGUCGAGGUGUUCCCGAGAAGAAUACGAUGUUCAUUGUGUCCGUUUGCGUCCAGUUCUCAACAUGCACUCAUUUUGCACAUCGCCUCCUCACAUUCACCGUCAGAAUCCAUGCCAAACGUGGAGAGCAUCGUGCCACAAAUUGCCGAUCAAACCGUGCCUAUUACUGAUGUCUGA